UCCCGUGAGAAAGGAGGAGUGGUUAUUAGCCAAGAUGGCGGUAGUGAUGUCUGCGGCCAAGAUCUGGAGGCCGAGCCGUGGCCUGGGCCAGGCUGCCCUCCUGCUGUUGGGGCGAUCUGGGGUUCGGGGUUUCGCAAGAUCCCACCCCAGCAGGCAGCAGCAACAGCAGUUCCCAUCCCUGGACGACAAGCCCCAGUUCCCAGGGGCCUCUGCAGAGUUUGUAGACAAGCUUGAGUUCAUCCAGCCCAAUGUCAUCUCUGGCAUACCCAUCUACCGUGUCAUGGACCGCCAGGGCCAGAUCAUCAGCCCCAGUGAAGACCCCCACCUGCCCCAGGAGGAGGUGCUGAAGUUCUACAGGAGCAUGACACUGCUCAACACCAUGGACCGCAUUCUCUAUGAGUCCCAGCGGCAGGGCCGGAUCUCCUUCUACAUGACCAACUAUGGCGAGGAGGGGACACACGUGGGCAGUGCCGCUGCCUUGGAGCGCACAGACCUGGUGUUUGGCCAGUACCGGGAGGCAGGUGUGCUCAUGUACCGGGACUACCCGCUGGAGCUGUUCAUGGCCCAGUGCUACGGCAACGUGAAUGACCCAGGCAAGGGACGCCAGAUGCCUGUUCACUACGGCUGCAAGGAACGCCACUUUGUCACCAUUUCCUCUCCACUGGCCACACAGAUCCCUCAGGCGGUAGGGGCAGCCUAUGCUGCCAAGCGGGCGAACGCCAACCAGAUUGUGAUCUGUUACUUUGGCGAGGGGGCAGCCAGUGAAGGGGAUGCCCACGCCGGUUUCAAUUUCGCUGCCACCCUGGAGUGUCCCAUCAUCUUCUUCUGCCGGAACAACGGCUAUGCCAUCUCCACACCCACCUCUGAGCAGUACCGCGGGGAUGGCAUAGCGGCUCGGGGCCCUGGGUACGGCAUCAUGUCAAUCCGUGUGGACGGCAACGAUGUGUUUGCAGUGUACAACGCCACUAAGGAGGCCCGCCGGCGGGCUGUGGCUGAGAACCAGCCCUUCCUCAUUGAGGCCAUGACCUACAGGAUUGGGCACCACAGCACCAGUGACGACAGCUCAGCGUACCGUUCAGUGGACGAGGUCAAUUACUGGGACAAGCAGGACCACCCAAUCUCGAGGCUGAGGCAGUACCUGCUGAACCAGGGUUGGUGGGAUGAGGAACAGGAGAAGGCCUGGCGGAAGCAGUCACGAAAGAAGGUCAUGGAGGCCUUUGAGCAGGCUGAGCGGAAGCUAAAGCCGAACCCAAGCCUCCUCUUCUCUGACGUGUACCAGGAGAUGCCCGCCCAGCUCCGCAGGCAGCAGGAGUCGCUGGCACGGCACCUGCAGACGUACGGGGAGCACUACCCCAUGGACCACUUUGACAAGUGAGGCUCUAGCCAGCACGAGGGGGUCCUGCUCUGAGUGGAUGCUGCCCCCUGUGCUCAUCAGCGGUGUGAGCAUGCUGAGUGGCCAGGGUGGCACCCCAGCCUGUCAUGGGGUGACUUUUGCUCCUGUUCCUGCUCCCCCAGGCUACUUCACUGGGGCACCAUGUUUGCAGCCAUUGCUGCGGCUCCAUCACUCCCUUCACCUGUUACAGUGCCUUUUAGGGGUGGGAAGGGACCAGGGCCAGGGAAGACCCUCUGGGCAGGGUGGCCCUGGGUUUGCCCAGAGAAAUAGCUGAUUGGCAGAGUAAGUAAACCACAGCUCUGCCUUUGA